GUGGCUAUAAAAAUAAUAGAUAAGACUGUGUUAGAUGAAGAAAAUUUAACGAAAAUAUUUCGAGAGACUGCCAUAUUGAAAAAACUUAGACAUCCCCAUAUAACAAGGCUAUAUCAACUUAUGGAAACAAACCAGACAAUUUACAUGGUUACUGAGUAUGCUAGUAAAGGCGAAAUAUUUGAUCAUCUGGUAGCAAAAGGUCGCAUGUCUGAAUCAGAAGCGAAAAGGAUAUUUAGUCAAAUUGUGUCAGCAGUGAAUUAUUGUCACUCUCAGGGGGUAGUUCAUAGAGAUUUGAAGGCUGAAAAUCUGUUACUAGAUCAUAACUUGAAUAUCAAAUUGGCUGAUUUUGGAUUCAGUAAUCAGUUUACAGAGGGCUGUUGGCUCUCAACUUUUUGUGGAUCCCCACCUUAUGCAGCACCAGAAUUAUUCCAAGGUCUCCAAUAUAACGGACCUAAAGCAGACAUCUGGAGUUUGGGGGUGGUUCUCUACGUACUGGUAUGUGGAUCUCUUCCAUUUGAUGGUCCAACUUUGAAUGCUUUACGAAACGUAGUUAUUGAUGGCAAGUUUCGAAUACCCUAUUUCAUGUCACAAGAAUGUGAGCACCUCAUAAGACACAUGUUGGUGGUUGAUCCAGAGAGAAGACUGACUAUGUCCCAGAUAAUAAAGCACAGGUGGUUGAGUGAUGUUCCUCUAGUCGAGACAGGUCCUGAAAGAGAUUUACAGCUGAAUAAAACUGUGAUAGACCAUAUGUUGCAGCUGCCUAACCUCAAUCACAAUAUGAUUAUGCAGUCCCUGAAAACCAACUCCUUCGAUCAUAUCUAUGCCAUAUAUAAUCUGCUCUUAGACAAACUGCAUCAAAGAACAAUCAAUUUCCAAUCGAAGGUAUUGCACCAUAGGAGGGAAGAUAGUAGACUUAGAUCUGAGGAACUUGCAAGGGGAGUAGAGCCAUUUGGAAAGGGCCAGAAAAUCAAUGAAAGGAGUGAAUCAUUCAAUGACAAUAGACUCGUAACUCAGUUAACUAUGGAUUCGGGAAAUCAUAAUGUAACGCAAGAAGCUGAAGAGCCGUUUAACCACAGGAGAGAAAGCUUCAAUGAAAAUUAUUUAAGAGGAGUGAGAGACGCGACCAAUGAAAGGUUGAAAUCUUCACACGAGGGUGUUUCAGAAGAUGCUGGUUCUCCGUUUGUGUCUAUGCCUGCUAUUCCAGCUGUUUAUUUAGAGGGAGAAGGUGGAAAUCAACCUCUGGAAAAAUAUGGAGAAAUGGAUUUAGAUGCGAAUGAUGAACCUUGCUCUAUGUCAGUUCCUUCCACUUCUACUGGCUACAGCAGCUGUUCAUCUUCUGGUGAAAAAUAUUUGACUGUCAGAAGACACACAGUUGGACCAGGUGAUCCUGCUCACGAACAGGUUCUUGAAAACCACUACAUUCCUCAUUCCCAACAAGACCAGAAAGGAAAUAAGCUACUACCCCACACUAACCUUCCACUUCAGCUUUCAACUCUGGCCCAACAGAAUCCUCAUAAUUUUGGUGGAAAAGAUCCGCAUUUGUUGAAACCUCCUGUAGUUCUGAGCGCUGCUGGUGGAUUUGGAAGGCGAGCUUCAGAUGGUGGAGCUAAUUUGCACAUGGCUUGGGGCACACCUGGAUCACAUGAACAAUUAUCAAUGAUGUCUAAUAGUUCUAGUGGAAAUCCUAGCCUCAGCAGUAGCGGUACGAGUACACAACCAUUGGAGCACAACCAGCAUGCAUUGGAGGAAUUGGCAGUUGCCAGGUACAUGCAAGGUAGAGGCAACUCUAAAAGACAUACAAUGGCCAGUCCCGAGGAUGUUCAUUCAUUGCAGUCGACAUCUUCAACAGGAGCGCGAGUGAGACGAACAGGUCUCUUGACAGUGACCGAACGGCCAGUAAUCCCGCCCGAAGUCGUGAGGGAAGUAGAAGCACGCAUGAAUCGCAACUAUAUGCCUACAAUUUUGCCACCUCGAAAACACUCGAGACAAACUGUCAAACCACACUUGCCAACCGUCCAGGAACAACAAGGUCGAGAACAGAAAUCUGAAAGAUUUUCGCCCGUUCGUAGAGGUAGUGAAGGUUCAGCAAGCGGUUGCCGUACUUUGAAUACCAGUAUGUCACACCAGGAAUGUCAAAGGGUGCAAAGAGGAAUUUCCUCAAGAAAUAGCCCUCCUAGAUCAAUACCAGGAUCUCCGAUUCACCAACCACUGCGACAUCACAUAUCAGAAUGCACAUCCCCAAUCCACCAGUUUUAUCAAACAAUGCCAGAUGCAUUCACCAUACAGGAGUUGCAAAAUUUUACAUCUUCGCGGGAUCCUACAUUGGGAUUGCCUCCUGAAAACUACCAACAACUCAGCUUUGGUCCUUAUGAGUCCACCAAUCGUAGUCCAACAUAUUCUUUUGAUUCCAUAAACCGUAGUCCUUUGCAUUCCUCUCCUUACACUACAACCCACAAUAGCAACUUGAAUUUGCCCAUCAACCAGACCAUCUUCAGUCAAGCCUCGAAUUUCUCCAUGUUUUCUGGAAGUAAUUCUCCAAUCCUCAAUCCAAAUAUGUCACCUGUAUUUUCAGGGUAUGGCCAAAAUACUCCUGGGAGCAGCGUUUCAUCCAUAACACAAGGUAUAAGUGGAUUGAACACGACCAGUGCAGGUUCUAUAACUCAGGGUAUUCCCUCAACUAAUCUCCAAAUGGAUCCAAGGAGUCAGCAACUACACGAAGACAUGGACACAACCUUUGCGCCAAAUCUUCCAUAUGUGAAGAAUUCCCUUCUAAACAUCCAUGGUCAUCGUAGUUUAACAAACUCUCCCAUAAGCAAUCCAGGAAGUCCUGGUUUAGAUAUGAUCCAAGAAGAAAUUCUUGUACAAAGUAAUACCAAAGCAGAACCAGGUCAUCCGCAAAUAUCCGUUACAGACGUCUUAGGUAGUGAAGUGACCCUCGUAGCUGGCUCGGACACAUCAGAAGAUUCAAUGGACAGUCUAGAAAAUCUAAAAAUGUCUAGGAUACCUUCUUUUAUCAUUUCGGAACCUGCCGAUAAUUCGCCUUCAAUCACUCGAGGUAUUGGUCGUAAAACUAGUCAGGAAAAUGAACCUAAACCGCUAGAGGUUGAGUCUCAAAUCCCAGAAGAGUUUUUUCGGAGGCGAAACUCGGAUAAAGGCUCGUGUUACUCCGAUGACUCAUUAUCCAAUGAUAGUGUAAGCAUUGGAAAUCAAAGCCCAAGCUCCAGUUCGAACACACAGUCUAGCCACGUAUUUGAUAAUGAAAUUCGAAAUAGGUCUAUCGAUACUUACGAGAAGAUGCAGAUAAAUCAAGAAUUGACAAAUGCCUGUGGUACACAGAAUUUUCAAAUAUUUCAAAACUUCAAAAUGAAUUUAGACAACAGUAAUGUGCUAUGUCAGAUUCCGCCAAUGAAUCUUCACAAAAACUCGGGUUCAUUCGAAUUGGAACUAUCAGACGUCUGCUCAAAACUGCAGUCUACUGACAUCCUAGAGAUGGUGAAAAAGACAAUUAGUGACCGAAUAGUACCUAAGACUUGUAUUUUUCCAGAAGAGGUGAGCGAUAGAUUAAGUUUGGAAUUCGAAGGUGGUAUUCAGAUAGAACUGAAAAUCAUUGAAAAGCCUAAGGACUCCAAAGGACUUAAGAUGAGGAGGAUAUCGGGUGAUCACCUGAUUUAUAAUCAGCUCUGUCAACAUUUGAUAUCCCGCAUGACUGUUUCCUAGCAUUUAAAGUAAGUUUUUGUUUUGACUCUGAAUUGUUAUGUUUCGUUUGUAUCUAAAAAAAAUUUCAAGCAAUAAGAAUUCUUGAAUCGAAUGAGGAGUACAUAUGUUUCUUGUAUAGGUGGUUAAAUGAUAAGAUAUGUUGGAAACUUUUGUGGGGAUGUCCCAGAAUGAAUAAUUAUACUAAUAAUACAUUGUUUUCAAAAGCCAAAAAUGACUUAUCUAAAAAAAAUGUUUUCAGGAAAAUUAUAUGGCAAAAUGGGAAAUACACUUGAAAAUUUUUGGUAUAUUUAUGUAAAUGAGACGUGAGAAUGAAUAUGUGGUACAUCAUUUUCAAAAGUUCAUUUUAAAAAUCAUGUCACAUACAUGGUAAUGAAAAAUUUGGUCAUAGAAAAGAAAAAAGAAAUUUAAUUCAGAUGAUACAUUCAAUGUGUUAGUUUAUUUAAAAUCAAUUUAUUUGUUGAUCAUGCAUUUAUAACUUCUUGGACAUCAUCGGGACCUAAUGCAAAUAUAUUUUACAAAUAAAAUUCAAAGACUGAUCGUAACUUUCUAUUUUAAUACAUUUGGAAUAAAAAUCUACUGUCAUCGAAAAGUUUGUGUAUAACUUUUUCCACAGGAUGUUGUAUAUCUUACCUGACUUAUUGAAAAAAAUGUCCUACCCAUAUUUGAUUACAAGAAUUCAAUUCGAAAACCAUGAUUGAACUAUUUCAGUAUACAAAGUGUCAAAAAAUUAUAUUGAUUUCUUAUUGAAGAAAUUUCUAUAUUAAAAUUGCCUAUCUCACUCAGAAAUUAAGUUUCUAUAUCAACAAAAAGGUUUUUGAAAAACAAAUCUCAAACAAAAAUGUUUUUCAAUGCAUGAAAAGAAAAACCCGGGUCUCUUACCUUUUUUGACACCUUGUUAUAGUUGUAUUAUUAUAAUAUGAAUGAAAUAUUGUAUUUAUAAUAAUAAUUUAUACAAAGAUCUCUGAUUAUCGACCACAUUCAGAUAUUUAAUUUUAUUUGAAUAGUACCAAAAAUUUGUUUUCUGAUUCUGCCACUAUAUUUGCCAAUUGACAGUAUACAUUUCCCAUUAGUUAUAUUCUUCUGGUCUCUUAAAUAUUUCAACAGUUGUCUAUAUUUUGAAUUCGAAGCAUGAAUAAAUGAAAAUAAUAUUUAAAGAAUGCUAAUAUUUUCUCGAUGUUACAAGAAUUAUUCGUGUCUGUUGUUUGAUAAUUAUUACCAUUAAUUGUACUAACAUUCCAUAUUUUAAGUACAUUCAUUCAGUAGGUUGGUUACCAAGCACUGAGAUUUUUCAUAAAAUUUUUUUAUUUCAAUUUCACUCCGUGUUUCAUUUGAAAUUAGUUUUACUUCAAAUGACAGUGUUGAAGAAAAAUCUUCAUGAUGGCUGUAAGUUUAUUAUGUCAAAAGUACUACUUAGAAAAUCUUAAGGAGAUUCUAGCCAGUCACGAACUAACCAUCUGAAUUACUAAUAUUUUAAAAUAUGAAACUCGGUUCUCUUCUUGCAAGUGACAGAAAUAACUGUUAUUAUUAUUUAUGUGCAACCGUGUUAGGAAUCACACGUUGAAA